AUGGCAGGCUCAAUGGGUGGCAUGCCCCACCCUCGCCGGGUCCUGCAUGGCAGCCAAGGUCCGGGCAUCGGAGCCAGCGUGGCGAGGGCCCUGGUGUCCUCCAGCAUGCCUGGAGCUCCCUCAGGUACUCCUCUGAAGGAGGAACGGAGUGACACGGUACGUUACGCUCUGGAUAUCCUGGCCCUCCUGGUGGUGGUUCCUAAAGUCCAGCUGGUGCUCGCUGAGACCGUGGAGGUCCUGGACGAGACCCGCUCCCCUGUCUCCACUGUGGGAAUGAGCAUCAUUCUGGGCGUGGCGGAGGGAGAGGUGUUCGUCCACGAUGCAGAGAUCCAGAAGUCUGCUCUGCAGGUGAUAAUAAACUGUGUGUGUGCCCCGGAUCAGAGCCUGAGUCCUGGGGGGGGCUUUCCCCCGGCCCCCCCUUAUGUUCUGCACCUCAUGUGGCAGCUGGUGCAGAACAACAACGGCAUCAAGGUGCUCCUCUCGGUUCUCUCUGUGAAGAUGCCCAUCACAGAUGCAGAUCUGAUCCGAGCUCUGGCCUGUAAAGCUCUGGUUGGAUUGUCCCGCAGCGCCGCCAUCAGACAGAUCAUCAGCAAGCUGCCGCUGUUCACCAGCAGCCACAUCCAGCAGCUGAUGAAGGAGCCUCUGCUUCAGGACAAACGCAGCGAGCAUGUGCGUUUCUGCCGCUACGCAGCGGAGCUAACGGAGCGCGUGUCGGGGAAACCUCUCCUCAUGGGGAGCGACGUCUCAUUGGCUCGCCUGCAGAGGGCCAACGUGGUCGCCCAAUCACGGAUCACCUUCUCCCAGAAGGAGCUGUUGGUGUUGAUCAGGAACCACCUGGUGGCCAAAGGGCUACAUGACACCGCUAACACCCUUGUCAGGGAGGCCAACCCCCUCCUCCCCUCCUCUGAUCUGCAGGAGUCACCGCUCGGACAGACAAGGUCAACUUUUAUGAUUUGUCGUAUCGGCGGCGGCCAUGUUGGCUCGUCUCCUGCGUCCUCAUUGGCUGUUGCCUCCUCCUCCUCCACUCCCAUUCGCUCCCUCGUCCUCUCCUCCCCCUCGCCAGCGUCUCUUCCGGCGGGUCGGAUUCUGUUUUCUCGAGAACGCCCGCCUGCGAUCUGUAACUCUGGGAGGAGACUGAGGGCGCUGAAGCAGAAGUCGGACCACGGUGCCUUCAUACAGACUCCAGCCAUGAAGAAGCAAAUCUAUUUCCCCCCCUCGCCCCCCCCCCCCCCCCCCUCCCUGGACAGCAUCAUCACAGAGUUCCUGAGGGAGCAGCAUGCGCGCUGCAUUAACCCCGUCACCACCUGCCCCCCCUUCUCCCUCUUCACCCCCCACCGCUGCCCCGAGCCCACGCAGCGCCGCAUGGCCGAGCCCAACUUCAGCGCCCGGCUGGGUGGGCGGGGCCUGUACCCGAGGCACGGGGGGGUGGACCGAGGGGGGCUGGACCGGCACCUCAUCUUCAGCAGGUUUCGCCCGAUGUCGGUGUUCCACGAGGGCGACGGAGACGAGAGCGGCUUCACCUGCUGCGCCUUCUCCGCCCGGGAGCGCUUCCUGAUGCUGGGAACCUGCUCCGGACACCUCAAGUUCUACAACGUGUUCUCCGGGGAGGAGGAGGCCAACUACACAUGCCACACCUCCGCCAUCACACACCUGGAGCCCUCCAGGGAUGGGAAGCUGCUGCUCACUUCUGCCUCCUGGAGCGUCCCGUUAUCUGCUCUCUGGAGUAUAGACAGUGUCUUCACCCUCAAGAACUCGUUUGUGGACGAUCACUACGUGGAGUUCAGUAAACACUCUCAGGACCGAGUCAUCGGCACCAAGGACCAGGUCGCUCACAUCUACGACAUCCAGACGGGCGUGAAGACCCUGACGCUGAACGACCCUUCGCUGGCCAACAACUACAAGAGGAACUGCGCAACCUUUAACCCCAGCGACGACCUGGUGCUGAACGACGGCGUGCUUUGGGACGUCCGAAACUCACGAGCCAUUCACAAGUUUGACAAGUUCAACAUGAACAUCAGCGGAGACUUCCACCCCAACGGCCUGGAGGUCAUCAUCAACACCGAGAUCGUAUCCUCUCAUUCAUGAUGAUAAUAAUAAUGCACUUUAUUCUAAACUUGCCUUGCCUAGAAAUGAUGAAGACUUAAUGGAAACCAAGAGGCUUCUCAUGGCUUGGCUAUUUAUGAAUGGGCAAAGUUAGCUUAGCUUAAGUCCUGAAGGGUAAACCAGACGGACUAGCUCCAUUCAU